CAGAGCGUGCUUGGUUUCUAUGCAAUUAGGAACAACUUCCAAUUCAGAGUUAAAAAAUCAUGUGCAAAAACAUACAAGAUUUGUUGUUUGGAUCCAAAAUGCAAGUGGGCACUAACAGCAUCCAGAAACGGGCCAACAAAGUCAUUCAUCAUUCGAAAGUACGACAGAAAGGUGAUACACACUUGUGAUCUAAACAUCAGAUUUGCCGACAAGAGACAAGCUACAACGAAAUUGAUUGGAAACUACAUCAAGCCACGGUUCACCAACAUAAAAACAACUCAAACGCCACAAGACAUCAGAGGAGAAAUGAAACACAAGUAUGGGGUCAGAAUGAACUACAUGAAAGCAUGGAGAAGCAAAGAGCACGCGCAAGAAGAAUUACGAGGAAAAGCCAACGAAUCAUACAAAGUUGCUUUGCGGUUUUUUGCACAUGUUGCAAAAAACUAAUCCCGGAACAAUAGUGGACAUGGAAACAGAGGAUGACAACAGCUUCAAGUACUUGUUUGUCGCACUGGAUGCAUCAAUAAAAGGAUGGAAGAAAUGCAAACCUAUAAUAGUUGUUGACGGAACUUUCCUUAAAUCAACAUAUGGAGGUACACUGCUCUCUGCUUGUACACAGGAUGCAAAUGGGCACAUUUUUCCACUAGCUUUUUCUGUUGUGGAUUCAGAAAACAACAACUCAUGGCAAUGGUUUUUCACAAAAGUGAGAGAAACAUAUGGGAUUAGAGAGGAACAGUGCUUGAUCUCAGAUAGACAUGAGAGCAUAAGUAAGGCAGCUUGUCAAGUAUUUCCAGAAAUCACACAUUGCUAUUGUGUAUACCACCUGUUAAGCAACCUAAAAGCAACCUUCAAGAAGAAUGCAAGCAAGCUGGAUAAACCAUUCUUCGCUGCAGCAGCAUACACAGAGAGGAAAUUUGAAUACCAUAUGAGCGAGUUGGACAGCUUGGACAUCCGUGUAAGACCAUAUUUACAACAAGUUGGAUACCACAAAUGGUCAAGAUACCACUGCAAAAACAACAGGUAUUCAACUAUGACUUCAAACAUUGCUGAAUCUCUAAAUGCAGCAAACUUGGCAGCUAGAGAGCUACCAAUCACAACACUGAUGGAGUCAUUGAGAGCAUUGAUUCAACAAUGGACAUACACAAACAGGAAAAAAGCACAGAAAACAACAACAUUUUUAACACCUACAGCAGAAAAGAAAUUAGUCGACAACUUUGUGGAAUCAUUGACAGAAAAUGUAAAACCAAUAAACGAGACCAUGUUCGAAGUCAUUGAACUAACCAGAUCAUGGGUCAUCAACCUCAAGGAGAAAACAUGCAGUUGCAACAGAUUCCAACUUGAUGAGUUACCGUGUGCUCAUGCGCUUGCUGUUAUAAAAGAGAUGAACUUGAAUGUUUACAACUACUGUUCGGGUUAUUACACCACGCGAACAUGGCUUGAAACAUACAGCGGCUCAACAUAUCCGGUACACAAUCACACAACUUGGGAUGUGCCACAAAACAUAAAAGAUAUCAUUGUUCUGCCACCAAACCAAAAAAUAAGAUCUGGAAGACCAAGGAAACGAAGGUUUUUAUCUGAAUGGGAUACAAAAAAACAUAACAGGUGCGGCAAAUGUGGACAACACGGACACAAUCGAAAGACAUGCAACAAUCAAGCAAUAAAAUAGAUACAUAUGAAAUAUUUGAAUUGUUUAAUUUUGUGUGCAAAUUCAAACAGGUUGAUCUGUGAUGCUCUAAAUACAUGGGAUUUCAUUUUUAUGAAAUUUGAAACA